UUUAUAACUAUCAUAAGCUUAGCAUUCCGAUAAAAAUCUGAAGCCUCAGGUAUCAAGGCUCUGGGCAAUCAACUGAUGAUUCGGAGUCCAGGCUUGUCAAUAAAAUAAGCCACAGAGCAAGAUGCUCGAGUCUGGUAUUUGAAUGGAGUUUAUACUGAAUUGAUAGGAUUAAAUUCAGUUGAUCGGACAUUCAAGCUGGCGGACCCUUUGCUCAGAAGCAAAGCAUACACUUGAUUAUCAUUUAAGUUCUCCUCAUUAAAGUAUGUUUUUUGAGACCAAGCAUCUGAUUUACUAUAAUGAAAUCAUAAGGUAUACCAAGAAAAAUUCAAUUUGUUUUUAUCCUUGAAGAUGAAGAGAGCAAAGACCAACGAUGAAGAUCUUAUUGUUAUAAAAAAUUAAUUGCAACAUUUUAGACUUCCUCAGCUUGUUAAAACUCAAAUUUAUAAGAUGCCUAAAUGAAGAAAUUAUUGGCGAAUUGUAGCAAGCUACCAUUUCCCUUAUCAAUUGAAAAUUUCAAGAACCAAAUUAAAUCAAUCGAAAUGGAUCUAGAGGUCCUCACAAAACCUAUAACGAUGGGCGGCCAUAAGCAUGGAACUAAUAUAUAUGAAGAUAUUCACAGUCUUAAUUAUACUGCUUAUGUUAAGAGGUCCAAUUAUCAAGAAGCGGAGAGGUUUGAAAUAAAGAAAUUUAAAAUUUAAGACAUUUAUCAAAUUAUUCAUCCCUGAAAUCAUCUUCUCAGUUGUCUAAAUAUUAUGUGUCUCAGAUUGCAGGAUGUAGCUUAUUUAAGAAUUCUUAAGAGAAAACUAUAAAAUUAUUUUUAACAUGGACCAACAUAUCCUUUCGAAUUUUAGAAGCCAAAGUUACUUGCCCAGAUGGGGAUAUAGAGGCUUGGUUUUUCAAUUACAAAAGACUUACUGUCUUUGUGCAUCACCUGGUGCAAGCUUGAUGGGCUUAGAUGACUAUUGUACGAUUCCUGACCAUCUCUUAUCUUCAACUCUAGUGGUUAUCAAGAUUCACUCUGAAAACAAUAAUCAAGCACAAUUUAAGAAGAACUUAUUGCUGAGUACUCAACCAUCCGAGGAGGAAUCAUCAGCUCAAAAAGAAGAGCCUCACCUUUCUCUCCAAACAGAGAAUAUUCAAGACCAAGGUAAAGAGAUUGACAUCAAGGAUACUGACAACAAGGAGAGAGCAAUAUCAACAAGAAGAAGACGCUGUUCCAGAUUUAACAUCAGAGCCAGGCUAUUCAGACUGAGAAAUCGUCUUCUCAAGGACCUUUCAAUGUUGUUCAAGUCCACGAUUAAGAAGGAAAGAUCACCUGAAGAUGCAUCUCAGAGAAGGAGGUCUCGCUUCAUCGGAGUUUCCAGAAAUAGCUCUAACUGGCAAGCCCUCAUCAAUGUGAAGAAUACCAAAAGAUACAUCGGAACGUUUGGAGAUGAACUAGAAGCCGCCAAGACAUAUGAUAUAUACGCUGUUGCAUUGAGAAGAGAUAAAGCUCUUCUUAACUUUGAUUACACUGCUCAAGAGGUCAUAUCAGCCAUUGACCACUUCCUUGAAUACGGAAGUAUCAAUAUUAACGAUUAA